UCCUCAGCCCAGCCCUUGGAGGCCCCAUUCUUCAGGGGCCCACUCAGAUCUGCAGAGAGCAAGAGAGAGGAACUGGGGUUUGUGAGCACUGUGGCUUGAUCUGCUUCCUGUUUCAGCACGGCUGCUUUGCAAGAAAAAAAACAGUAUCAAGAAGGGAAAUGCUCAGGAGGCCCAGAGCCAUGGAUUGAGCACUUGCUUCACCCAGACACAUCUGUGCUACACCUGAGAUCAGAGCCAAGAUCUUCCCAGGGGCUGGAAUGCUUUACUGAGCUGCUGAGAACAGAACCUGCGACCUGGAGCCUCUCCCUGUCCAUCAGACAUCUCACAGGGCUUCUUGAUUCUAAGCAAGUAAGUAUAGUCAAGACAAUUCAGAAGGCUGGUAUGGUUCCAUUCAGUGGCAUCACACUAAAUCCUACCUGAUGUAGGGAGAAGAGGAUAUGGAGACAUGCCCUUCCCGACAGGGGCCAUUUCUACAGAAACUCCGCUGAGUAAUAAGACUUGAUGUCUGGCCCUAGAGCAGCCACAUUUAGUGGCUGUGUAGGUGGAGAGCUCAGAGGUACCUCAUCUCAGGCCUGCCUUCCGCUCCACAGCCCUUUCCUCUUCACAGACAGAAGCCCAAACCCAGAGGUCAGAGAAACUGGAGCAGUAAAAGCGAUUUCAAGCUGCAACUACUUUGCCUCCAUUUGGAAAACAAUGUUCCCCUUCAAUGAAGAAGAGAUCCAGGCAGCUAUUCGAGGAGCUGGAAGCCAAACACAACAGGUGCUGGGGAGGUCAUCAUGAUCAGCCCAGACCCCAGGCCCUCCCCUGGCUUGGCCCGGUGGGCUGAGAGCUAUGAAGCUAAGUGCGAGCGCCGACAGGAGACCAGAGAGAGCCGUCGCUGCCGCCCCAAUAUGACCACCUGCCGCCCGCUGGAAAAGGCGCUGAGGACCCAGCACAGGGAGCACCUCCAGAGAGCUCGACAACAGCAGUUCUUCAAGAGAAGGAACCUGGAAGUGGAGGAGAAAGGCCAGGCCUGGCAUCCUCAGGCCAGGGAGCAAAGUCCCUCCAGGAGGCCAGGCAGAGGGACAGGCCAGACAAAUGCACUCAAGGAGCUACUGUUCUGUGUCAACGGAAUCUCAUCUUCUGGACAGCAGGUGGCAGGAACCAGCUCUCAGGUGUUGCCAAUUCAGCAUCACCCUUCCAUAAGCAUCCAGGAGGAUCUGGCUACUCAUCACUCCUCACAGACAGAGGCCUUUCUACUGCAAGCCUCUCCCACCAAGAAGCCACACAGACACCACCGGGGCACUCAGACACCCACAGAAAAGGCACAGUCAACAAUUAAGAAUGAUGCCAGUCAGCAAACCAAUUAUGGAGUUGCAGUUCUGGAUAAGGAAAUCAUCCAGCUUUCAGAGUACCUCAAAGAGGCCCUACAAAGGGAACUGGUCCUAAAACAGAAAAUGGUAGUUCUCCAAGACUUGUUGUCUACCCUGAUUCAGGCCUCUGACAGCUCUUGGAAGGGCCAACUUAAUGAGGACAAAUUGAAAGGCAAACUAAGGUCCUUAGAAAACCAGCUCUACACUUGUACUCAGAAAUAUUCCCCUUGGGGAAUGAAAAAAGUACUAUUAGAGAUGGAAGACCAGAAAAAUAGCUAUGAGCAGAAGGCCAAGGAGUCACUGCAGAAAGUGCUGGAGGAGAAAAUGAGCGUGGAGCAGCGAUUGGAGAGCACACAGCGGUCCCUAGUCCUAGCAGAGCAGAACUGUGAGGAGUGGAGAGGCCAGUAUGAAGCCCUGAAGGAAGCCUGGAGGACCUUAGAGAUCCGGCACAACGAGUUGGACAAUCAACUCCAUGUACUUCAGUCCAAACUGCAGGGCGCUGACCGCAGAGACACACAGCUGAACCAGGCUCUGCGACUUUUGGAGAUGGAGCACCAGGAACUGCAGGCCAAGAUCGAAUGCCUACAAGGGGACAGAGACUUGUGCAAUGCCAAUACCCAGGACCUGCAAGAUCAACUGAAGAGGUCAGAGGAAGAAAAACAUGCUCUCAUGACCAGAGUACAACAACUGCAGGGUCUGCUUCAGAAUCAAUCCUUACAUCCUCAAGAACAGGAGAAACUAGCAAAGAAAGAUCAGGCUUUACCAGAGUGGAAUUCAAAGCCCUCCCACAAGGAAGUGAAGCCUGAGGGCACAGAGGAGAAAGAUCUUAGAGACCAGCUGCCAAAGAAGACUUUACAGCCCCAGGCCCAGGAAAAGGAGUUGAGACCACAUCCUAGGACUGGGCAAUGUGACCGAUGGCUCCCAGUGCUGAUGGUGGUGAUUGCUACAGUGCUAGCAGUGAUCUUAGCCAACAAAAACAACCUGAUGAGCUGACUGGCAGCCUGACUGCUGCCUGGGAUUACAAUCAAAAGCAAGAAACUCAGGUUUGGGUAACUUCAUAGCUUGGGUUUUCCCUCCAAAUGAAGUGGGAUUUCUGACUUAAAAAAAAAAAAUGUGUACCGGUUCUGGGGCUUGAACUCAGUACCCAGGCACUGUCCCUGAGUUUUCUUGCUCAAGGCUAGUGUUCUACCACUUGAGCC